GGCACUAGAGGUUCCCACCAAACAAAACAGAGACGCGCGGUGAACAAUGCAUCCUGUUCAACCUUACACUGCUCCUUCUUCUCGCACACAUAGUGGCUCAAUACGCCGUUUGGAUGGCGACGCAGACUUGGUACUAUCAGGUCGGAGGAUUCCAAGGUCACCUCAGGGAGAUCCCCGACGAACGGCUACUGCAAUGUCCUGACGGCGAAGGCCUUAGUCUCGUGCUAGGUAUCCGACCGAAUGGCGCAUCCUAUCUGUUGCUCCCCGAGUCGCGUUUCCGCGCUUUGCGCUGGAGACUACCAAACUCGCAAUAUGAUCUCGCGGAAAAGUUUCUAUCGUUCUCUCCCAUUCAUUUUGCCUAUCGUGCGGAGCUCGAGAAGAAACUGAAGUCUUACGCAUCGACCAAGUCCAACAAGGGGAUUCCAAGGGAUAAGAUCAGAGACCGGUCGAAGGCGAACACAUCGUUUACUGUCGCCGGAAGUGGUCUUUCCGAAGCAGGGAGAAUUCGCAGCUCCUUUGAGAUGCAGAGGGUUCUCGUGCUAUCUCGCCCGAUGCUGAGAGAGCUAGAUCGUACUCAGGCUGUCGAGCUCUCUCUGCACAACGUUCCAGAACAAUUAACCAUUGUGUCUCUGUGCUACAAUACAUGGAAGGCCGACACUCGCACGAUGCGCGAGAGGGAGACGGACCCCAAAGUCUUGGACAUUGGAUGGACGACAUGGUCUAAACCAGCGCAAUGGAAUGGGUCUCAGAUCACGCCGUCAGAGACCACGCAUGUGGUAGUGGAGGAGGAAAGAUACUUGGGCAAUCCUGGCCUUAAGCGCAUUGAAUGCGAGUAUGCGACCACGACAUACAAGAAACGAGGCGAAAUUGCCUGGAAUUUGUCAGUGGCACUGAGUGGAAGAUACCCCAUCGUACUUCUGGUUCACGAUGAAGCGCGAACUUUGACGACACUCCGCGCACUCGGCAUAGACACCUCAGAAUGGGUCUCAGGCAUUGCAAGCCUUCUAUACGAGAACGCGCGCGAACCUGUGCAGACUAUGCACAGGUCGUCGCGUUCUCGCUCUCCUGGGCGGCGAAGCGAGCUAGCCGACCGGGUCGAACGCGACCGCCGUCCCGCCGGUGCUACUGUGUACGUCGUCGACGUGCGCAGUUUGUACCUGGCCCUGAGGCAGAUAGCGCCAGCUACAGACAAUGUCCCCACCAAUUCUCGGGGACUGGGUGUGCACUUGGAUCCGCCCAAGGAUAAGCCUGGCGCAGUGACGCCUAAAGUCAUCGCCGAGUCGGAUAGAUGGUGGUGUGCGGGGACCGAGAGCUUGUUGCUGGGCAAGAUGUGGUACUCUAUGGCGCGCGGGCCCAACAUCGACGAUCAACGGGCGUUGAGGUCGUCCACCGCCCUGAUCAUCGAUGCGGCGGAAAGGUCAGUCGCUUCCGUAGGCAUAGAGCCCGCGGCAGUGGGCUCGACUGCUGAGGAUUCGGACGACGAGUUCGAUCCAAACGAUAUUCUUCCACAGGCCGGGACUGCGCCCGCGCCUUCCACUUCGACUUCACAGUCAAGUGGUGUGAAGACUAACAUCAGCUUGAUGGAUCCCGACGGCUGGGAUGAUGCCUCCGAUGACGACUGGUGAAAUCUAUUUGUGACAGUUUCUUCAAAAUCUGCUUUAUGUGUAUCUCUCCCUCGUAUCCCUCUCAAUGCUGUCGUUGUCGAUAUCGAUGUUCA